UUGAGCAGCUAAACUUUAAACCUUAAACAUCAAAGCUCUCUAUCAUAAGAAUAUAGUUCCACGUGUCGUUUGCAUUGACCCUUUAUAGCUAAAGAGAUCUCAUUGUUUACUUUUAAUCUCUGAUUUUGCACUCCCACAAAAUAGCAUCUUUAUAGGAAAUAGUGAUAAAUGCCUUGCACCCGAAAGAAAGAAAAAAAGUGCAAAGGCAUCAACUAAAAUGCGUUGAUAUGCUAUGGUCCAGAACAGACGAUAUUCAUGCUGCCAACAUCAUAUACCACAGACAAGGCAAUUUUAAAACCAGAUACAAAUCAGUAUGUAAUAAUAAAGACAACGAUGUGUUUAAACAGAACAUAACCAUUUUACCUCUCAUCCUAAGCUAACCUUAAAUGCCUAUACUCUAGAUGGGUCCAACAAUAGAUGACCACUAGGGUUGCAGGAAGAGGAAUCCAAUAGUCUACAUCGACAAAGGAUGUCACCAUUUAUUAGGACCUUUGUCUGUUUCUAGAGAUAUAUUAUAAAGUUAGAUGAGAAGACCAUGGGUAAAUUAUGAUAUUCCAGCUCUUCUUCCCUGUACUAUAUGUCUACAGUUGCACUGAUCAAUAAGGUUCACCUUAAUUACCUAGAAGGACAUCAAUGUUAAAAACAAAAGGGUCCCCAAUUUGAAUAAGAAAUUCAAAUUAAAAUUCAAAACAGUAAACCCGGAAGUACAAUAUACAGCUCCAAUCUUGUAUCAACUAUUAAUUGCAUCAGAAGAAACCAAAACCACGAAAGGCCUAUGAAAUAGUUACAAGAAAUUUUUCACUUGUGUAAUUCCAAUCUAUUGACCUAUACUCUCCAUUUUUAAUUUCUUCUUUUUUGGGGAAGCAAGCACAUCACGUAAUCAUGUACUUAUUCCACCAGAGAAGCAUACAAGGACACAGUGGUCCAUCUCCCGACUUUUCUUCCUCUUUUUAAACACUUCAAAAAACAUUCAUUCCAUACCCCCAAAGCCCAUCCUUCAACAUUGCUUCCUAACCAGAAAUCCACCAUCAUCUUCCCACGAAUACAACUUAAAGCUUUACCAGAAAAUGGAGGGUCAGAGAACACAACGCCGGGGUUACUUGAAAGACAAGGCUACAGUCUCCAACCUUGUUGAAGAAGAAAUGGAGAAUGGCAUGGAUGGAGAAGAGGAGGAUGGAGGAGACGAAGACAAAAGGAAGAAGGUGAUGGAAAGAGUUAGAGGUCCUAGCACUGACCGUGUUCCAUCGCGACUGUGCCAGGUCGAUAGGUGCACUGUUAAUUUGACUGAGGCCAAGCAGUAUUACCGCAGACACAGAGUAUGUGAAGUACAUGCAAAGGCAUCUGCUGCGACUGUUGCAGGGGUCAGGCAACGCUUUUGUCAACAAUGCAGCAGGUUUCAUGAGCUACCAGAGUUUGAUGAAGCUAAAAGAAGCUGCAGGAGGCGCUUAGCUGGACACAAUGAGAGGAGGAGGAAGAUCUCUGGUGACAGUUUUGGAGAAGGGUCAGGCCGGAGAGGGUUUAGCGGUCAACUGAUCCAGACUCAAGAAAGAAACAGGGUAGACAGGAAACUUCCUAUGACCAACUCAUCAUUCAAGCGACCACAGAUCAGAUAAACCCUCCCGCUCUCUCUCUUCUGUCAUCUACAUAUGCUCUAUCUACACUCUUAUUAGACAAAUAAUGGCAUCUAACAAUGUCAAGAAAAGUUGGUCAUGGUAUUAAAUCCUACACGGAUAUAUAACUAUAAACCUCUAGUCCCCUCUAUGCUGUCCUGUAAUGAAUAUCUAUCCGGAAAUGUAUUCGCAUAGUCUUGCGUCUAAUAAUGUUUAUUGAUUUUGUAGGUUUGAUUAUAUAUGAUUGUAAUGUGUUUUUUAC